UGACUCACUUGCGUUUUUAACCAAGUGAGCAUUGUGUGUUUAGGAAGAGCCGUGAAACUUUACAGUUUUGGAUACCUUCCUAGUUAUUUCCAACAUGAAGGUUACUGACGGUGAUGUGAUUCGCUGUCACCUUCAAGUCAUGCAUGGAAUCAAUGUGAAAGGUGUUGAGAGGAAAACAGACAGACUCUUUGUCGGGGGUGCAAAGGUUUUCGGUGUUCCUCUGGAGAAUUUGUCGAGGAACUUCAUUCCGGAAUUUGGCCUGGUUCCAGGCUUUCUCGUGGACGCUUGUUCAUUUCUUCUGGAGCGUGCUGGGACGGUGGGCCUGUUCCGAAAACCAGGCUCUCUCCCUCGCAUUAAGGCUCUCAGGGCCAAGCUAAAUCGUGGAGAGGCCUGUCUAGCCACAGCCUUCGCCUACGACAUGGCCACCAUCAUCAAGCAGUUCUGCAGGGAGCUACCAGAGCCUCUGAUUCCUGCAGAGAUCCACGCGGCUAUACUGAAGGCACAGUCGCUGGACUCCCUACAGGACAGAACCUUGGCCCUCCAGCUGCUGUCUUGUCUACUGCCUGCCAGAAAUGCCUCCUGUCUGCAUUAUUUGUUUGACUUCCUGUCCAAAGUGACCCAGAGAUGUGAGGAAAACUUGAUGACCAGCACUAACCUGGCUACAGUCUUUGCGCCAUGUCUCCUACCACCUCCCAACAAGCAAGAGAUGUCUGAAGGGCGCUUUGAACUCCGAAUUCUUGUCCUGCGCACUUUCAUCGAAAAGCCGCAAUUGUUUGGUGUGAUUCCAAAAGCUGUUAUGGAUAGCAUGGAAGUCCUGAUGAACUUCCAUCUUCUGAACGAGUCUCACUCAAAGAAAGAAACUCAAAAGAGGCACAGUUUGAAAGUUUUGUGGUCUGUAAAGACUGUACCGUGGCUUCAAGGGAAGUCAAAGGUCAGGCCGCCAGUCCAUCACCAGGAGUCCGUGCCAAGACGACCAACUCUCAGGAGGAGCCUCGGUCUGGAGGCUUUCCCGAAUAUCGUCUUUUUUAGGGCUUGUCUGGCUUCUGAAGACCAAGAUUCAUCACCUGGAGCUGCCAUCUUGGAUGCCUUAAAUCUUUCUGGCAAACGGUCUUCACCUAAUCUGAUAAAUGGGGAGCUGCGUCUUGCACUGUUCCCUGGGCUUGUCCGAGGACAGGAUGCAGCCUCACCUGCGCUCACUGGUGUGGGCAAGCUACAACUGGCAUCCUGGAGUAGACGCAUUUCUUUAUAAUGCAUGCCUGAUGAUCAUGUAUUUUUUUUACAUUUUUUAAAAUCAGAAUUUAGAUUUAAUUUAAAUUCUCAUAGCUAUUUAUAUUCAAUUGUGGUCAUGUGCCAUCAUUCAAAUAAAAAGUUUUCUUCCA